GCAGCAUAUGGUCCCAAAGUUUUAAUUGUACAGACUUUAUCAACAGCCACCCAUCAUGUCCUGGCUUGUUGAUCUCGCUGGAAAGGCGGAGGAUCUACUCAACAGAGUUGAUCAAGGAGCUGCAUCAGCUCUGAGCAAAAAAGACACAUCAAGCAGUGCAGUUUAUGAUAAUAAGAAUUUGAACUCUGCCAAUGAAUAUUCUGAAGUGCACCAGCAUACUGGAGAACUGAAAUAUCAGACAUCAUCCAAAGCAGCCUACAUCUCAUCAGCAGCUGAUAACAUUAAACAUCAGAAGGCCACAAUCCUGGCAGGAACAGCAAAUGUUAAACCAGCACGUAGGACGUCCUCAGAGGCUGCUUCUCCAGUAGAAAGUGUUUCCACACCCAGAGCUGCCUCGCAUUUUGUGAGAAGAAAAAAGUCAGAACCUGACGAUGAGUUGCUAUUUGAUUUUCUCAACAGUUCAGAGAAAGAGCCUAAUGGAAGGAUGGACUCUAAAAAAGAGAAGAGCAAGGCACCUGUUCUUCAAAAUCACUCUCGGACUUCAAGCAUUAGUUCUGUAUCUACCAGUACACAGAGUGCAAAAACUAAUGAAGAUAAUUCCAUCAGGAGCCAAGGCAAUGAAACUCCAGACAGUUCAGACUCUGGACUGGGAGCACAAGGGAACGGCGUGAAGGAUUCUUCACCAAGUGCAGUAACUAAUCCUGGCCUUUCCUCUAAUGAUGAUUUGAAAUCACAUGAGCUCUCCAAUCUGCGCCUGGAGAACCAGCUGCUGCGAAAUGAAGUGCAAUCUUUAAAUCAGGAAAUGGCUUCGUUAAUACAGAGGUCCAAAGAAACACAAGAAGAACUGAACAAAUCCCGUGAAAAGGUCGAGAAGUGGAAUGUUGAUCAUUCAAAGAGCGACAGGAUGGUUAGAGAACUUCAGGCUCGAGUUGAUGAUCUGACAGAAGCUGUUGGUGCCAAAGAUUCACAACUAGCUGUGCUAAAAGUACGGUUGCAAGAAGCUGAUCAGCUCUUAAGUACUCGGACAGAAGCUUUGGAAGCACUGCAGAGUGAAAAAUCACGGAUCAUCCAAGACCACAGUGAAGGUAGCAGUUUACAAAAUCAAGCCCUUCAAACUCUUCAGGAGAGGCUGCGUGAUGCAGACUCCGCGCUCAAGCGAGAACAAGAAAGUUACAAACAAAUGCAGAAUGAGUUUGCUGCUCGUCUAAGUAAAGUGGAAGCAGAACGUCAGAACUUGGCAGAAGGGAUAACUGUAGCAGAGAGAAAGUUUUUAGAUGAAAAGAGACGAGCUGAUGAGCUUCAGCAGCAAGUCAAAGUAACUAAAAGCCAACUAGAAUCUGCAAAACAGGAACUGACAGACUAUAAACAGAAAGCUACUCGCAUUCUCCAAUCUAAAGAAAAGUUGAUAAACAGCUUAAAAGAAGGCUCUGGUAUUGAAGGCCUGGACAGCACUACAGCAAGCACAAUGGAACUGGAAGAACUGAGACAUGAGCGAGACACUCAGAGAGAAGAAAUACAAAAGCUACUGGGGCAAAUACAACAGAUGAGAACAGAGCUGCAGGAUAUGGAGACGCAGCAGGUAAGUGAAGCUGAGUCAGUGAGAGAGCAGCUUCAAGACCUACAAGAGCAGAUAUCAGCACAUAAAAUGGCCAAGCAAGAGGCAGAAGCUGAACUAGAACGGCAAAAACAGGAACUCCAUUAUACCGAAGAAGAACUGUAUCGAACAAAGAAUACUUUGCAAAGCAGGAUAAAAGACAGAGAGGAAGAAAUUCAGAAGCUCAGAAAUCAGCUCACAAACAAGACUCUAAGCAGUAGUAGUCAGACAGAAUUAGAAAAUCGGCUUCAUCAGCUGACAGAAACACUAAUUCAGAAGCAAACCAUGUUAGAGAGCCUGAGCACAGAGAAAAACUCACUUGUGUAUCAACUGGAACGGCUUGAGCAACAGCUGAAGGCUAUCCAAGGCACUAGUGCUAAUGGACCUUCCAUUAAUAUGGCAGGCAUUGAUGGUGCUGAAGGUGCUCGUAUGCGUAAUGUUCCUGUCCUGUUCAGUGACGUGGACACCAGCGUGGCAGGAAUGUAUGGGAGAGUCCGCAAAGCUGCGAGUAGCAUAGACCAGUUCAGCAUUCGGCUGGGAAUCUUCCUAAGGCGGUACCCCAUAGCAAGAGUCUUUGUAAUCAUUUACAUGGCAUUGCUUCAUCUCUGGGUUAUGAUUGUUCUCCUUACCUACACCCCAGAAAUGCAUCAUGACAGUCCCAGUGGCAGGUAGACUGAGACAGGACCAUAUGCUGUGUUAAUGUGAUUUGGACUGGCAAUGUCUUUAGAAUAAUCAGUCCUGAAAUAUCAGCAAACCCUUUCUUGUGGGGUUUAGGAAGGAAGAAAACCAUCAUGCCUGAUUUAUCUCUACUUUUCAAAUACAUAUAUAAUACUAUGUAGCUUUUUCAGCUUACCUAAAAGAGCAUAACUUUCCUGGAGAAAUAAAGCUGUUAAGUUAA